AAAACAUUCUGGCAAUGACAAAGGAGACUUCAAAAGAUCAGAAAAGAGUUGUAAAUGCCAACGCUUCUAAAACAAAUUUGAACCCCAGCUUUCCACAGUGAGGAGCUCAAUGGAAAAUGUCAACUUCACAACAGUGGCUUACCCAAUAACAUCACUUUAAGACCAAAAUGUGAGCCUCACCAAUUAAGAAGAAAAAGAGCACAAGUUUUAAAAUACUGGAAGACCUAAUUAUUUUGCUUAGAAUCAUGCAUGUGAAGAAAGCAUCACGUACAUGAUACUACAUGAUGAAUUUCACCAGAAUUUUACCAAAAUUCCGGCGAACACACCAGCAAACAUCUGCACGAAGAAAUGUGCUUUCAUUCAGGACAAAACCCGGAGAUUAACUGAGCUUGAUUCCUUCUUUAAAAAAACUGAGGCCUGCAUGUGAUGAUUUUUAAGUCCCUUAUUUCAACAGAGGUUGAUUCUUUAGCAGCAGGAAGAGAGUGAGAAUAACUAGACAUCCUGACGCUAACAAGUGGACUUGUUACUUUUUCAGUUUCUCAUGGGCACCCUGUACAUCACCUGUUUUGCAAAGUUGCACAACGACACCAACAAGCAGAUCUGAUCCUGCCUGGUCUGGGGCCUGCAGCUGUGCUGAGUGUGCCAUACCGAGAGAACUACACAGAGACUGUUUCGGCGCAAAGAGCAAGCCAAUGAAUUUUGCCUUGUCUGGGGGAGAAGAUAUACUUUUUUCUCGCUACAGUUUGAGAGGAGAGAAAAAGGAGGAAAAAAUUAAAAGCAGAAGGGCUCACAGACGAAAGAGACAAGAGACAGAGGAGGUAGAAGAUGAUUAACCGAUCAGGAAAGAAAUAAAGAACAAGCAUCUCUAUUGAUUUGUGACACACUGUAGUGGCAAACGAUUCAGAGCACCGAGGGGAUUUUUUGUUUGACUUCUUUUUCAUAGAGGAAAGGACACUGCAAACGACAGAUGACCGUUUUCAGAAUGAAGAUCGGACACUGGCAUUGGAAAGUGUGGAUUUGAAGCUCCCCAUUACUUUUUUGUGUUGAAAUGGAUCUGAAGGGAGCACAUACAUACUGACGAUUGCCAUCGAGAGCGCAGGUUGGAGAAACAACCUGUGCGCCCGUCCCUACUGCCCGCUCUGCGUCUCUGCUCCCCCACUCUCUCUCUCUCUCCUGUGGAUGUUCACUGAAUUCAUUUUUCGGAUGUGAGGGAUUUAUCUAGUCUAUGUUAGAAGGAGGAGGCAAAGAAAAACGCUUCUCUCUCUCGCUCUCCCUUUCACUCCCCCCGCUCUCUCAGUCCCCCCUCCGUUUUCUGGAUGUGAAGCAGCAUGCGGCCCGGUGAGAGCUUAGAGGGCUCGCGCUCGGCUCGCGGAAGAUGUAUUGAUGCAAAUAAUCUCGCUAAUAGCGUCACGGAACGCUGUCUUGCUCUCCCCUCGUCGAGGAGGAGGAUGAUGAUGAAGAAGAGGGUGACGACGAAGAAGAGAGGGAUGAACGGGAGGAUGACGGACGGAGGAAUGAAGGCGAUGCGCUAUUUUCUCUGGACUCUUGUGCUGUGCUCGCUCUCUUCUCGCGCGCAAGGCUUCAUCUACACCUGUGGGGGUACACUGAAAGGACGAAAUGGCAGUAUAGAAUCGCCUGGUUUCCCCUAUGGCUACCCCAAUGGAGCAAACUGCACCUGGGUUAUUGUUGGGGAAGAAGGAAGUAGAAUCCAGCUCAUCUUCUUGUCAUUUGCCAUAGAAGAAGAAUAUGACUUCCUGUCCUUGUAUGAUGGACACCCCCACCCUGCUAACUUUAGAACAAGGUUAACAGGCUUCCAGGCUCCUCCCCCUGUCACCAGCACAGGGAAUGUUUUCUCUUUGAGGUUGACCAGCGACUUUGCUGUUUCUGCUCAUGGCUUCAAACUCAACUAUGAAGAACUACACAGUACAUCUUGUGGGAAUCCAGGUGUUCCACCAAAAGCAGUGCUAAGUGGUGGUGGCCGUUUCGCUGUAGGAGACCGGGUGCAAUACAGCUGUGUCCCUGGUUACGUCUUAGACGGUCAUGCUACACUCACAUGCAUAACCAAUGCAGCAAACAUUGCAGUCUGGGAUUUUCCUGCUCCUAUUUGUCGAGCUGAGGACACAUGUGGGGGCACUGUGAGGGGCGGCAGUGGGGUGGUGACCAGUCCCGGUUACCCCGGCAACUAUGGUAACCAAGCCGACUGUACUUGGAUCCUUUUGGCCGAACCCGGAGACACCAUCUCUGUCAUCUUUACAGACUUCCAGACCGAAGAAAAGUAUGACUACCUGGAAGUGGAGGGCUCAGAACCACCGACCAUCUGGUUGUCGGGAAGUAACGUCCCCUCUCCAAUCGUUAGCAACAAGAACUGGCUACGACUGCAUUUUGUGACCGAUAGCAACCACCGUUACCGAGGUUUCAGUGCACAUUAUCAAGUGAAGCGAUCAGUAGAUUUUAAAUCGAGGGGCGUAAAAUUAUUCCCUGGCAAAGACUCCAGCAACAAGUUUUCAAUAUUGAAUGAAGGUGGUGUCAGACAGGCGUCUAACUCCUGCCCUGACCCAGGAGAGCCGGAAAAUGGGAAACGCCAUGGAAAUGACUUCAGCAUUGGGAGUGUGGUCCAAUUCAGUUGUGGAGAGGACUACGUGCUGCAGGGCAGUAAAACCAUCAGCUGCCAGAGAGUGGCCGAAGUCUUCGCCGCCUGGAGUGACCACAGACCAGUCUGUAAAGCAAAGACGUGUGGCAGUAAUCUUCAGGGGCCAUCAGGGACCUUUACAUCUCCCAACUUUCCAAUUCAAUAUGAGAGCAAUGCCCAGUGUGUGUGGAUAAUUACAGCGUCAAAUCCAAAUAAGGUGAUCCAAAUCAACUUUGAGGAGUUUGACCUGGAGAUAGCCUAUGACACUCUGACUAUAGGAGAUGGAGGAGAGGUGGGAGAUCCUACAACUAUACUUCAGGUCUUAUCAGGCAGCUUUGUGCCUGACCUGAUUGUCAGCAUGACCCACCAGAUGUGGCUCCACCUCCAGUCCGAUGAGAGUGUUGGAUCUAUAGGAUUUAAGAUCAAUUACAAAGAAAUAGACAAAGAGAGUUGCGGUGACCCUGGGACCCCUCUCUACGGAGUAAGAGAGGGCGACAGCUUCUCAAACGGGGGAAUCCUGAGGUUUGAGUGCCAGUUUGGCUUCGAGCUGAUCGGAGAAAAAACCAUCUCGUGCCAAGAUAACAACCAGUGGUCUGCGAACAUACCCAUAUGUAUAUUCCCCUGCAUGUCCAACUUCACAGCCCCCUCAGGAACAGUCCUCUCCCCAGAUUACCCAGAAGGCUAUGGGAACAACAUGAAUUGUGUCUGGCUCAUCCAGUCUGAUCCAGGCUCGAGAAUCCACUUGGCAUUUAAUGAUUUCGACCUUGAGGCGCCAUACGAUUCCCUGACUGUGAAAGAUGGCGAGACAAAUGAUGCCCCUGUCAUCGGGAGGUUCUCCGGAGCCGAGAGUCCAUCCCACCUGACGUCUAACACCAACACUCUGAGGCUGGAGUUUCAGGCCGAUCACUCCAUGUCUGGGAGAGGAUUUAAUAUCACUUACAGCACGCUGUGCGGUGGGGAUGUCAGGGGCCCCUGGGGAACCAUCCUCAGUCCUGGCUUUCCAGACAGCUACCCUUCAUCUCUCAACUGUACCUGGACGGUUGAAGUCAGCCAUGGGAAAGGCGUCCAGUUUCAGUUCAACUCCUUUCAUCUUGAGGACCAACAUGACUACCUCUUGGUAACCGAGAACGGGAGCUUCCUGCAACCUCUGGCUCGACUGACCGGCAAUGAGUUGCCUAGCAACAUCAACGCUGGUCUCUAUGGCAACUUCAAAGCCCAGCUACGAUUUAUCUCUGACUUUUCUAUCUCGUACGAGGGAUUCAACAUUACUUUCUCAGAAUACACUUUGGAGCCAUGUGAGGACCCUGGGAUGCCCAGGUUCGGCCGGAGAAAUGGCUACAGUUUUGGGGUCGGAGACACUUUGUCCUUUUCCUGCAACUUAGGGUACCGCCUGGAGGGGGCGCCAGAGUUGAUCUGUCUAGGAGGAGGGCGUAGAAUGUGGAGUUCUCCUUUACCAAGAUGUGUUGCUGAGUGCGGCUCUUCAGUCAUAAAUAAUGAAGGCAUCCUCUUGUCCCCAAACUACCCAAUGAACUAUGAUAACAAUCACGAGUGCAUCUACAGCAUCCAGGUGCAAGCUGGGAAAGGCAUCAACAUCUCAGCUAGAACAUUUCAUCUUGCCCAGGGGGAUAUUCUCAAGAUUUACGAUGGCAAAGACAACACAGCUCAAGUUCUUGGAGCAUUCACUGGCUCAUCCAUGUUGGGCCUGACUCUGAUUUCCACAUCAAACCACCUCUGGCUGGAAUUUUACAGUGAUGCUGAGGACACUGGAGAAGGAUUCAAACUGGUUUACUCAAGUUUUGAGCUGUCUCAUUGUGAGGACCCAGGUGUGCCUCAGUUUGGAUUCAAAGUCAACGACCAAGGCCAUUUUUCUGGGAGCAGCAUCACAUACAGAUGUGAGCCUGGUUACACUCUGCACGGGGCUUCGACACUUAAGUGUAUGACGGGUGAAAGGAGAGCCUGGGAUAACCCUCUGCCGUCCUGUAUAGCUGAGUGUGGUGGUCGCUUUAAGGGUGAAUCUUCAGGGAGGAUUCUCUCUCCUGGAUACCCUUUUCCGUAUGACAACAACCUUCGGUGCACUUGGACCAUUGAGGUGGAUUCUGGUAAUAUUGUGAGCCUUCAGUUCUUGGCCUUUGACACGGAGGCCAGCCACGACAUGCUGAAAGUUUGGGACGGCCCACCUGAGAAUGAAAUGUCUUUGGCAGAGCUGAGUGGAUCUUUGCUUCCAGAGGGAAUCCAUUCCACUCUAAACACAGUCACUGUCCAGUUUGAGACUGACUUUUACAUCAGCAAGUCAGGGUUUGCCAUUGAGUUUUCCAGCUCCAUAGCUACAGCCUGCAGGGACCCAGGUGUACCGAUGAACGGCACGCGGAGCGGAGACGGCCGUGAGCCGGGGGAUUCCGUGUCCUUUCAGUGCGACCCUGGAUAUGAGCUCCAGGGAGACGACAAAAUAACCUGCAUACAAGUGGAUAACAGAUACUACUGGCAGCCCAGCCCGCCUGUCUGCAUAGCACCUUGUGGGGGAAAUCUGACUGGCUCCAAUGGGUUCAUACUGUCUCCCAACUAUCCACAUCCCUACCCACAUUCAAAGGACUGCGACUGGCUCAUUGCUGUCAACUCAGACUAUGUCUUAUCGCUGGCCUUCAUCAGUUUCAACAUUGAGCCAAACUACGACUUCCUGUACAUCUAUGACGGUCCGGACAGCAACAGUCCUCUUAUCGGGAGCUUCCAGGACAGUAAACUUCCAGAGCGCAUAGAGAGCAGCUCCAACACCAUGCUUCUAGCCUUCCGCAGUGAUGGCUCUGUUUCAUAUACCGGCUUUCACCUGGAGUACAAAGCCAAACUGCGGGAAUCCUGUUUUGACCCAGGAGUAGUUCUGAACGGGACCAGGUUGGGAUCCGAUUACAAGCUGGGCUCGACAGUCACCUUUUACUGUGAAGCAGGAUAUGUUCUGCAGGGCUAUUCGACUCUAACCUGCAGUAUGGGAGAUGAUGGGAGGCCUGGAUGGAACAGAGCUUUGCCUAGCUGUCAAGCUCCCUGUGGAAGUCGCUCUACAGGGUCGGAAGGGACUGUCUUAUCGCCAAACUUUCCCAGAAACUACACUUCCGGACAGACCUGCGUGUAUUCCAUAUCUGUGCCGAGAGAGUUUGUCCUCUUCGGUCAGUUUGUGCUGUUCCAGACAUCUCUGAAUGAUGUUGUGGAAAUCUAUGAUGGACCCACCCAACAAAACACACUACUGUCCUCUCUUUCCGGUUCCCACUCCGGUGAAUCACUGCCUCUGAGUUCGGGAAACCAGAUCACAGUAAAGUUUACCACAGUGGGACCAGAAACUGCCAAGGGAUUCCAUUUUGUCUACCAAGCUGUACCCAGGACAAGCUCCACUCAGUGCAGCUCAGUCCCGGAGCCACGCUUCGGGAAACGUCUCGGUAAUGACUUUGCAGUCGGCUCCUUGGUGCAAUUUGAGUGCAACCCUGGCUACGUACUUCACGGCUCCACUGCCAUUCGCUGCGAGAGCGUACCGGACAACCUGGCUCAGUGGAAUGACACCCUGCCAACAUGCAUAGUUCCCUGUGGAGGCGUAUUGACCUCUCGCCGUGGAACCAUCUUGUCUCCAGGCUACCCAGAACCAUAUGACAACAAUCAGAACUGCGUGUGGAAGGUGUCCGUUCCAGAAGGGGCCGGAAUACAGAUACAAGUUGUGAGUUUUGCAACUGAACAUAACUGGGAUUCGCUCGACUUCUACGAUGGUGCCGACAACCAUGCACCAAGACUUGGCAGCUACUCUGGCACAACUAUCCCCCCUCUCCUGAAUAGCACAUCUAACAACCUCUAUCUCAGCUUUAGCUCUGAUAUUAGCGUCUCAGCUGCUGGAUUUCACCUGGAAUAUACAGCUAUUGGUUUGGAAUCAUGUCCAGAGCCCCAGACACCAAACUAUGGAAUCAGACAAGGAGACAGAUUCAUGGUUGGGGAUGUUGUACAGUUUUCAUGUGAACAAGGAUACUCUCUUCAGGGAAAUGCACAUAUUACCUGUAUGCCUGGACCUGUUAGAAGAUGGAACUACCCUGUACCUCUGUGUAUCGCCCAGUGUGGUGGCUCUAUGAAGGAUGUCAGUGGGGUGAUUCUGAGUCCAGGUUAUCCUGGUAACUAUCCCAGUGGAUUGGACUGCACCUGGAGUGUUAACUUACCUGUUGGCUUUGGUAUUCAUCUCCAGUUUUUAAACUUCUCCACCGAAGCAAUCCAUGAUUACCUAGAGAUCCGUAGUGGAACGCUGGAGACGGGUUCUGUGAUUGACCGGUUCAGCGGUCCAGUUAUUCCUAAGCCCUUGUUCAGCACCACCCACCAAACCACCUUUUUUUUCCACAGCGACUACUCACAAAACAAACCAGGGUUCCACAUCGCAUAUCAAGCCUACCAGCUUCAGAGCUGUCCUGACCCACGGCCUUUUCGAAACGGCAUCGUAAUUGGCACAGAUUUCAGCGUAGGGAUGACGGUGUCCUUCGAAUGUCUGCCUGGGUAUUCUCUGAUCGGAGAAGCCUCUCUAACGUGUUUACACGGAAUAAGCAGGAACUGGAACCACCCUUUACCACGGUGUGAAGCCUUGUGCGGUGGUAACAUUACCUCACUAAAUGGAACCAUUUACUCUCCUGGACACCCGGAAGAAUAUCCAAACUUCCAGGACUGUGUGUGGAGUGUCAGAGUUCCUCCUGGACAUGGAAUUUAUAUCAACUUCACCGUUCUGAGCACAGAACCCAUCUAUGACUACAUCACUGUCUGGGAUGGUCCAGACCAAUCAUCCCCUCAGAUAGGCCAGUUCAGUGGGAAUACCGCUUUGGAGUCUGUCUACUCAACUUCCAACAUCAUCCUCAUUAAAUUCCACUCUGACUUCUCUGGGUCAGGCUUCUUUGUCUUAAGCUACCAUGCCUACCAAUUAAGAGUAUGCCAGCCUCCCCCAGAAGUACCAAAUGCUGACAUGCUGAUGGAGGAUGGCGAGUUGGAGAUAGGUGACAUCAUCAGAUAUCGAUGCCAUCCUGGUUUCUCAUUGGUUGGCAACGAAAUUCUAACUUGUCGCUUGGGAGAGAGACUGCAGAUGGAUGCCCCUUCUCCUACAUGCCAAGUUCAAUGCCCCGCUCACGAUGUGCGAUACGACUCCUCGGGUGUGAUCCUGAGCCCAGGGUGGCCGGAGAGCUACCCGAACCUCCAGAUGUGUUCCUGGAGCAUUAAUGUGGAAAAAGGAUACAAUGUUACCAUAACCUUUGAGAGUUUCCACACAGAGAGGGAGUUUGAUGUGCUAGAGAUUUUUGAUGGUCCCACAACCAACAGUCCAACUCUGGCAACGCUGAGCGGAGACCUGCCAACACCCUUUAACAUCACAACCUCCGGUCAUCAGUUUCUAGUCCGCUGGUCCUCAGAUCACGGCACCAACAAGAAAGGCUUCAAAAUUCGCUAUGUUGCCCUGUACUGCUCCACGCCAGACUCGCCCCUCCACGGCUCCAUAUCGUCUCAGACAGGCGGUCAUGUUAACAGCGUGGUGCGCUGGGCUUGUGACCGCGGUUACCAUCUUAUAGGCAAUGGCACGGCGACUUGCCGCCGUACGUCGCAGGGCUACCACGCCUGGGACUCUCCUGUGCCUGGUUGUCAAGCCGUCUCCUGCGGGCCACCUAAGGCACCAAUAAAUGGUGGAGUGCUAACUGCUGACUACUCUGUGGGAACAAGAGUUUCUUACUUCUGCAACGACGGAUACAGACUAUCCAGUAAAGAACUGACAUCAGCCAUCUGUCAGCCUGACGGAACAUGGAGCAACCAUAACAAGAUACCGAGAUGUUCUGUGGUAGUCUGUCCCAGCAUUGGGUCGUUUUCUCUGGAGCACGGCCGCUGGAGGAUUGUUAAUGGCUCGCACUACGAGUACAGAACUCGCAUCGUAUUCACCUGUGAUCCAGGGUACUACCGGUUAGGCCCCGCCCACAUCCAGUGUCUAGCCAAUGGAGUGUGGAGCUGGAAGAACGAGAGGCCGCACUGCCAGAUUAUCUCAUGUGGUGACCUGCCAUCGCCUCACAAUGGAAAGAAGAUUGGUACUCAGACGACAUUUGGCGCUACGGCCAUCUUCACGUGCGAUGUUGGCUUCAUGUUGGUGGGGUCAGCUGUCAGAGAGUGCUUGUCAUCUGGGCUUUGGAGUGGAACGGAAACAAAGUGUUUAGCUGGCCACUGUGGAAUCCCAGAGGGAAUUGUGAACGGCCAGGUCAUCGGGGAAAACUUUGGGUACCGUGACACAGUUGUGUAUCAGUGUCUGCCUGGCUACCGCCUCAUCGGCUCAUCGGUUCGAAUCUGCCUCCAAGAUAACCAGUGGUCCGGACAGCUGCCCAUCUGCAUACCGAUCAGCUGUGGCCACCCAGGAAGUCCCAUCUACGGCCGCACGGUGGGAAAUGGCUUUAACCUCAACGAUGUGGUCAGCUUCGUUUGCAACCGGGGAUACGAAAUGGAGGGGCCCGCACGUGCUCAGUGCCAGGCCAACAGGCAGUGGAGCCACCCGCCCCCAACGUGUAAAGUGGUCAACUGCUCCGAUCCCGGCAUCCCAGCCAACUCCAUUCGGCAGAGUAAAAUAGAACAUGGCAACUUCACUUUCGGCACGGUGGUGUUCUAUGACUGCAACCCUGGUUAUUACCUGUUCGGAUCACCGGUGCUGACCUGUCAACCCACCGGACAGUGGGACAAGCCUCUUCCCGAAUGCAUAGUUGUAGACUGUGGCCAUCCAGGCUCUCCACCCAACGGCAUGCUGACUGGAGAGAAGUUCACGUUUGGUUCGACAGUCCGAUAUUCCUGUCUGGGUGGGAGGCAGCUAAAAGGAGAAUCUUCUCGGAUGUGUCAGCUCAAUGGGAUGUGGAGCUCCCCCAUGCCCUUCUGCUCGGGUGACAUUACUGGUUCUUGCGGCGAUCCUGGCAUUCCCUCCCACGGCUCAAGGGAACAAACGGAUUUCAGGAUCCGUUCCAAGGUCUACUUCACCUGCUCAGAGGGCUACGAGCUCAUUGGGUCUGCAGAGAGAAUGUGCUUCCCCAACGGGACGUGGUCCGGCACUCAGCCCUUUUGUAAACCUAUUCAGUGUGGAAAUCCCGGCACUCCAAGUAACGGCAGAGUAUUUCGCCUUGAUGGAACGACAUUCUCCCACUCUGUCAUCUACUCCUGCAUGGAUGGCUACCUGCUCACUGGUGCCACCACCAGGCUGUGCCAGGCCAACGGGACAUGGUCAGGGGCACAGCCGAACUGCACUAUGAUAAACUGCGGGGAUCCUGGCAUCCCAGCGAACGGCCUGCGCUACGGUGAGGAUUUCACUGUCGGACAGAACGUUUCCUUUCAGUGCCAGCCAGGUUAUAGGAUGGAGGAGGACGGGUCGCCUAUGAGGAUGUGCACCCAGAAUGGGACAUGGGGUGGAAACAUGCCCAUAUGUACAGCGGUGACCUGCCCGACCCCCCCUGCCAUCAGCAACGGCGUCCUGCAGGGCAGUGACUUUGAAUGGGGCAGCAGUGUGAGCUACAGUUGCUCACCAGGGUACGAACUCUCAUUCCCGGCCAUCCUGACCUGCGUGUCCAAUGGCACCUGGAGCGGCAUGCUUCCGCAGUGCCUACCCAAGUUCUGUGGCGACCCAGGCACACCAGUCGGUGGUUUCAGAGAGGGUCGGAGUUUCAUUUAUCAGUCCGAAGUGUCCUUCAGCUGUUCUCCGCCUUUGAUACUGGUCGGCACAGCAACCAGACUUUGUGAGAAUGACGGCACCUGGAGUGGAACUCAACCACGCUGCAUCGAACCAACUAAAACCAGCUGUGAUAACCCAGGAACGCCUCGCUACGGCUCCCUGAACCGGACCUUUGGUUUUAAGGUGGGGAGCGUGGUGUCAUUUCAGUGCCAGUCGGGUCAUUUGCUUCAGGGAUCGUCAUCCAGAACCUGCCAACCCGAUCUGACAUGGACUGGGACACAACCCGAAUGCAUACCCCAUGCCUGUAAGCAGCCGGAGAGCCCGCUCCAUGUGGACGUGGUGGGGAUGGAUCUUCCCGGAUUUGGCUACACCUUGGUGUACAGCUGUCAGCGCGGAUACUUCCUGGCGGGCGGCUCUGAGCACCGAGUCUGCAAGAGCGAUGGCACUUGGACGGGAAAGAUGCCAAUAUGUAGAGCUGGAGAGAAGAAGAAACCUGUGAAACCGGUACCAGGAACACCCAGCCCAAAACUUAACGUUCCAGACGACGUUUUUGCUCCUAACUACAUAUGGAAGGGUUCCUACAAUUACCGGGGCAGGAAGCAGCCAAUGACGCUGAGCAUCACCAGCGUUAACUCCACGACCGGGAGAGUAAACGUGACGCUCAGCAACGGCAACCUGGAACUGCUCCUGUCAGGAGUUUACAAGGCUUCAGAGGCCAGACUUUUACUUCUGAUGUAUCAGGUGAACUAUGUUAACCAGGGAAGCCAACUGAAAGAUUCAGCCAUCUCUCCAGCCAAGAUCAUGGAGGACUCCUGGACUAUGGAUGGAUAUGUAUCAGCAGAGCCUGAUGGAUCUACCUACGUGUUCCAGGGUUUCAUUCAGGGAAAAGACUACGGACAGUUUGGACUACAAAGACUGGGUCUGAACAUGUCAGAGAGUCAAAACUCGACACCUCCACAGCUUGGUACCAACAGCAGUUCUGUGGCUAUUGCUAUUCUGGUGCCUUUCUUCGCUCUGAUCUUUACUGGCUUUGGAUUCUAUCUCUACAAGCAGCGAACUACUCCAAAAACACAGUACACAGGCUGCUCGGUGCACGAAAACAACAACGGCCAAGCUGCCUUCGAGAAUCCCAUGUACAACACCAACGCCAAAGCUGUCGAGGGAAAGGCCGUCAGAUUUGAUCCUAAUUUAAAUACUGUCUGCACUAUGGUCUGAGGAGCGACUGUCCUCAGUCAAAAUUAAUGACUCGCAUUUCUAAUGGGACCACAACUGGUGCAAAGAUGGUGAAAAGGGCAAACUUUACCGAGACCAAGCGUCAUGGUGUGUACAAGAACCAACCAACCAACCGAUCCUUUCUGUUUGGAAAGGAUCCCAGCUCCCACCCCUCGCCCACGCAGAGGAACAACUCUCCAGCUGAAACCAAAAUCCAGCCUCGGUUUGCUUAAAGCUAUCAGCAUCCAUUGAGAGAAAAGACUGCAAGGUGACAACAAAAAAGCUCCAUUUCUACCCCCAACUCAGAGCAAGUUAUAGAAACUUUCUGAUCGGAUUCUAAACCAGACACAAACACAAAACAUUUGAGCUCGUAUUUAACCUCGAUCGCUGUUUCUAAGACCAACGCGUGUGGGCAAGCCAUGACCUGCUGGUUGGACCCUGUGUGUCACCUCAAUUUUUACUUGAAGCAAAGAUUUAGAGAUCAAAGAAGAGGUGUUCCAGCUGUAAUCACACAUCAGAAACUGAGGAGAACCUGUGACAUCAUCUAGAAAGGAUAUAUGUCAUUGAGGACACUGUGAAAAUAAAACCGACAGUCAAAAAAAUAAAUAAACUGUCACCAGCAGAAUAUUGCUGAAGCCAACUAACUGGUCGCGAAUACCACGGGAAUACAACAACCUCACAAGCAAACGGAAACCAUUUCCAGUCUCAGUGACAAGCAGAGACUGGUGUUACUGGUCUCUGUUUUUUUUUUCUUCUUACAUGGAGCCUAAGAAGGCUAAUGCUUCUAGACAGAAGCAAAAGUUGCUUUGAAAAAAGACUAUCCGCUAAGCGAGGGAUGAUGAUAGGGAUGGGGCAUCCCUGGAGAGGAAGCUGUAAUCCUGACUGAGCUGGGAUUAGAGCAAAGUGAAACUUACAAGGAGUCUAAAGUGAAGCUAGCACUAACAGAAGAGAUGAGAGACUGACUCAUCUAAUGGAUAAACUGCUUCUAGCGUGAUGAAGACAGCUUCUAACUGAACUGGAAGCAGAGUGAGUAAGUCAUUAGCAGAAAAAAAAAAAAGAGAUGAGAUUUUACAAUCCUAACACAACCAAUCAGAGCUUGUCUGACCUGAAGUAAUCUACUGAGAGAGAUCAGCUCUCCUCCUUUAUACUAGAUGAAUCAGAUCAGGUCAGACGGGAUAUGGCCUGGAGGAGAAGAUGUUCCUGAUCCUGGGAUUUUACCAGAAGGUUUUGAUCAGAAAGAGGCUAAACGAAAGCGGAGGACUCCGAUGGACUAAAAGGGGAGGAAGAAAAAAUGACUUUGGGAAACAUAGAAAGCUCCAGCACUAAAGCACAUUUCGCAAGGAGAGACGGACUAAUACCAGGACAGAAAGGUCCUGUUUUUUUUUUUUACAAUCUAUCUUUACUCCAAGAUAAAAGCAGGGGGCUUACAGGCAGACAGACAGAAACAGGUUUGUAGGCAGGAAUCAUAAACUAAGAAACAAGUCUAGAAAGACGGGGUUUUGGCCCUACGCUGUGGACAACGUUCCACGUGAUCCUGCACUCUGAGAGUGCUUACUUUCUUUGUUUGUUACAGCUGCAGAAUCUUCUGAUCUGUAAAUCUAUUGCAUAUAUAUUCGGGGAGCAUUCACCACCUAUAUUUUUGUGCUAUAUAUUUACCACAAAGGGAGGGUAAAUGGCGGGGGGAGGGAGACAGAUUAUAUCAGAGUUUUUAGAAAAAGAACUAUCAGAGUAAAAGACGUUACAGCUAUAUGCUUUCCACACGCGCCCACCGACGGUACCUUUGGUUCCACUGCAACAUGCAUCUAGUUUAUUUGAAACUUAUGUCUAGCAUGGAGUUCCCCCCUCACCAAAGGGGGUUAUCAUUAUCGAGAUGCAAGGUUUACCAGCAACAAUCAUACCCUAAACUCACUGACACGUUUUAAAACCCUGAAUUCGAGACAUUCUUUGCAGACAUUUGCACAUUAAAACUCUCAGCACUUUCUACGUGAUCAUCUAUAUAGUGCUCUCUUAUAGAUUUUUCUGGUUUUGCAUUGGACAGCCAUGUUGUUUUAUUAUCAAACUAAUUUAACAAAUUUUUUUUUCCUCCCCUCCAGGGUUUUUUUUUUUUUUUUGUGGGCUCUAAUGUCCCUUAUUUGAAAGUAAGCUGACAGGGAAGGGGGAAAGACAUGCGGUAAAUGUUGACGGGUCCGGGAAUCGAACCCGUGAAAGCCGCGUCGAGGACUCAAGGCCUCCAAACGUGGGUCGCACUCUCCCCCAUGCCACCACAGCACGCCCAAAUGAUGAUUUCUUGAUCCAAACCAACAUGGCUCUUUAUGUGACAGUAAAUUGUUCCCUUAAUCAUAAAACUAGCUCUCCCACUCUUGGUGGUAACAGGUGUCGUCAAGCAUUUGUAAAAGGUGGCAAUGAAUCUUUUACUUAACUUUGGAGAAAAUUUGGCUCACUCUUCUUUGCAGGGUUGUUAUUCAGCCACACUGGAGAGGCUUUGAAUCCUAAUGACCUCUUUAAGGUCACAGCACAGCAUUUCCAUGAGAUUAAAGUCCAGACUUUGACUAAACUAUAAAAAAAUUCUUUAGUUUGUUAUAUUGUUAGCUGUUCAGAUUUGAUCUGUGUCCUGCUACUAACCAGAAUGCAUUUGAAUUCAAUUCCACUGUAUAUAUACCAACUAGUGUUUGCAUUGCAGCACAGCUCGGUUCUACAAGCAGUUAGAUAAGUAACAGUUAAAAACUGCUGAGUUACUGCCACAAAUGUCAUAGCCCUAAAAAUUAUUUAUUUUCUAAUUUUUCCUGGAAUGUCUUGAGAUCCAAGCAUGGCAUGUUUCUUUUUGAGAUCUAUUAGUCUACUUUGUGGUGUCUUUAGAGAGCUGUCAUUAAUUAGACGUGCAUUUCACUAGUGAAAUUAAACUCCAAGAACCUUAGUCACAUUUAAUUUAGAAUUUAAAUAAGGGAGCAAUAUGUUUUUCUUGUAAUGUCAAGUUAGUUCAAGUUAGUUUGCUUUUUUCCCCCUGUAAUACAUGACAUUUUUAUUUGAAAACUGCUUUUUGUAUUUCUUCUACUUAUCGUUUAAUGUUAUAAAUUAGUUUGAUAAUCCAGAACAUUUUAGAGCUGCAAAAACAGAUAAAAUCUGAAAGAAGGCAGAUACUCAAGACGAGCACUGUUGUACCAGAGAAAUCAAACAACCUUAGUGAAAAUAGACGUUUCCAUUUGGGCAGACAAAUUAAUGAUGAUUGCUGGUUGCCUGCAUUAUGUGUACUUUGUGUGAUGGCGCUAGAAAACUUGUGUUGUACAUUGACAUUGCUCUGUUCUUGAUUGUAGUUAAUGUGUCAAAUACUGAGGAGGCGAAAAAAAACCUGCAGAGAAUCGGUGUAAUGAUGUGAGAUGGAACGUCUGUUCAGAGCAGAUAAGAAGGGAAACUAUCUAAUCUUUCAUCAAAUGCAUCCUCCAUACCUAUUGUGUAAAAAGCCUUAGUAUAAAUUAACCUUUAUUACAGUAACAGAAUCUCACACUGUCCUUUAAGUCAUGACAGGAAAACUCCUACUUCAUUAUUUUUUUUUUUCUAACAGUGGUGACACAGUUAUUGGCUUCCUUACAACUCCUAUUGGCUAAUAGGACAGUCUUCUAAAAUAUGUAAGAGUUUAAACCAGGGAUUAAGGUCUCUCCACUUGGAUGGCAAAGGAAGGACCAGGAUGUUGCAACUGGUAAACCAUUCUUUUAUUGAUUUUACUGUACUUUUGGAAUUUGUAUGCUUCCGUAAGACACCGUGAUGAGCCAUUUUCUGUUUCCCUUCAGAUUUGUUUUCAAUCUUCUUGGUAUUUCAGAGUGAAUGAUCCUGCAUACUCUAACAGGAUCAUUCAGUGAAGUUGGGGAACUUUGAAAGAAAGACACAGCAUAAUACAUUGGACCCGUUAGUUGUUAUUUCUUUGGUUUAUUAGUUAACCCAUUUACUUAUUUUAACACUAUGUAGACAUCUUUAGCAGGGUCCCAAUAGAUAAUGACAUUGUUGGAAGGAGACAACCUAACUAUGGUCUUCACAUCUGAUGCAGUUAAAAAUGCAGCUUGCUUCACAAAUAUGAAAAGAAAAAAAAAAAAAGUUGACAAAAGGUCUUUUGUUCUGAACUUUCAGAGUUUUGAUCUUUGUGAUCUAUGAAUUUAUGUUAUUUUCAUCUACAAGUUCAGUGAAUGUCAUUUGAACAAUUAAGGGGAAAAAACACAAUCCAAUUUUUUAAUUUAGAGUUUCAGAAGCAGAUGCUACUUUGGAAGCGAGACAACUGCACACAACAGUUUAGUGUUUAACAGUUAGCUAAACAUCCAGAUUCCAAUUUGUUUUAGCAAGUGCUAAGCUAAAAUAAUCAAACAGAUCAAAGCUUUGACCCUUGUUUUAUAUUUUACCGGUAAUUCAUACAGUUUUGCCUAAUUUUUUAUGGGUAGCUGAAUUUAUUUUGAUCUGCCACAUUCUGAUGAUACAUGUAAUGCAUCUUUAUUAUGCGUUCUCUCAGUGAAGGUUGUUUGUCUUGCUCAUGGUGCCAUGCCACAAACUCCUGCUGAGGCAUGGGAAUACUACACAACAUCUUUCUCUCAAAUGAGAAAAUAUAAGGUUUUGAAACUACAUUGGUUGCACCUGGUUCCUAAUUGACCAAAAAAAAAAUAAAAAAUAGAAGAGAAACAUUAAAAAUGGGAGUAAAAUGUCAUCAUCAAAGAUCUGCAGCUUUGAUGUAAAUCCUCACCCCCCAAAAAAACUGAAGUUUUUGUUUUUGAAGAAUCUGAAGAGCAAGUCUCUGAUGAUAAGUAACUGUGCACUUUUAAAUGAGUCCAGGUGCCAGGGAGCAUGAAAACAUCCACUCUGUUUUUAACACCCCCGCUGCUGUGACCACAGGCGCCAGCUGCCACCAGCCGACACAAAACUCCUUUUAAAGUCAUUACUGAUUUAAAAGCAGCAGUAUAGCUGGGGCUUCUUUGUUUACCCACCCAGCAACCAUCCUGCACUUUACUGCUGUGGUGAUAUUAUUAUUUGUUUUAUUACAUUUCGGUUUGGUCCUUGCUGCUCUUCUUGUGUUUGCUCACCUUUUUGGUAAGAAUCUGACUCAGUGCCUACCAAAAAAAUAAAGUCAUGGGAUCCUCUAUGCCAUCAACCCUAUGCUUUUUUCUUUUUUUCUUUUUUUUUUUUGCAUGCACACAGGUACCUGCACACUCCUAAUGCCAACACCUUCUCCUGUUCUCUGAACAAUGCUAUUUUUUUUUUCUAAGCUUCAGUCUAUUUUGCCACAAGCUUUUCCUAUGGACUGAGCGCAAUAACACCCAUGUGAUUUCAAAGACUUAUAGCCGUUCCUGCCCGGGGACAUUGGAAAUAUUCACCAUUUGAGAAAAAAAUAGAAAAUAUAGAAUAAAAAAGUGUUUUGUACAGAAAUAUAUUUUUAUGAGGAAAUUAUUUGUAAAAUGUAUGAAUCUAUAAUGUAAAUUUUCAAUGCAAUGUAAGA